UUCCGAUUCCUGGGAGACCUCUCCCACCUCCUAGCCAUCAUCUUGCUAUUGCUCAAAAUCUGGAAGUCCCGCUCGUGUGCCGGGAUUUCAGGCAAGAGCCAGGUCCUGUUCGCUGUGGUGUUCACCGCCCGCUACCUGGACCUUUUCACCAACUACAUCUCCCUGUACAACACGUGCAUGAAGGUGGUCUACAUCGCCUGCUCCUUCACCACCGUCUGGAUGAUUUAUAGCAAAUUCAAAGCCACUUACGACGGGAACCAUGACACAUUCCGGGUGGAGUUUCUCGUUGUUCCCACGGCCAUCCUGGCGUUCUUGGUCAACCAUGAUUUUACCCCUCUGGAGAUCCUCUGGACCUUCUCCAUCUACCUGGAGUCCGUGGCCAUCCUGCCGCAGCUCUUCAUGGUGAGCAAGACGGGCGAGGCGGAGACCAUCACCAGCCACUACCUGUUCGCGCUGGGCGUCUACCGCACGCUCUAUCUCUUCAACUGGAUCUGGCGCUACCACUUCGAGGGCUUCUUCGACCUCAUCGCCAUCGUGGCCGGCCUAGUCCAGACGGUCCUCUACUGCGAUUUCUUCUACCUCUACAUCACCAAAGUCCUGAAGGGGAAGAAGCUGAGUUUGCCAGCGUAGCCCUGGUCCUCGCCAGCCCUCUGCUCGGUGGCGGUGAGGGGCAGAGGAAGGCGACGAAAGACAAGGGCCUUCCUGUCCAGGGGUGACUUUUUUAAGAACCAACCUCUCCCCACUCCCCGUCCCCCUCCUGCGGGUUUCAGAGGGCGGUGGAGGAUCCAAGACUUGGGGAGCUCAGGACCUGGGCUGUUUGUAGUUUUUUUUGCUUUUUAGAGAAGAAAAAAAAAAAAAUCUUUCCACUAUUUAGUUUUUGAUUCUGAUGACUCUUUUCUCUUCUACUCUCUGGCCCCGACUUUUAUAAACUGUUUCGAGGGUCCUGUAUGGAAAGGUGGGGGUGCAGCGUUGGAGAUCUUUACUCUUCCCCGAGCCCCUCAGCUCCCUUCCAGAUCCUACGGCCCAGCCCACUGUUUGCCAAACACUAAAUUUGCUACACCCGCCUUCCGGCCUCACUCCCCCGCCUGCUGCCAUGAACACAGCCCCCCCACCCCCAAACUUGUGUUUCGGUGAGAGGGAGGAGGGGAGGGAAGGCCUCUCCUGAUUUUUCAUGAUAAUUUUUUCCCAGAGUUUGGGGUUUUUUAGUCUUGUCCUCAUUUUGGGGGCAAUUUAAGCAGGGUGGAGGGCUGGGCAUAGGAAGGGGGCUGGCCCGAGGGUGACCCUGACCCUGCCGCCAUGUUUUUGUACAGAAUUGAUGGUCGAUUCUUUGUUCUCUUGAAAUAAAUCGGAGAAAAUGAUGCCUCUCUCUUCGCUCCUCCUCGCCCUCUCUCUGGCGUUUGUGGGGUACCGCCCCAGCCCCUCUCUCUUGCUUUUGCUUUGUCCCGUUGACUGUCCGCAGGCGACUGAGGCCUGGGAGGAGCAGGAAGAUGAGAAACUAGGUUCCCCGAGUCUCUGACCCGCACCCUGACUGUUCAUGGCUCCACCGGGGAAGACACUUUGGAGGAAAAAAAUCUCGAAGAUUCUUCCUAUCUUGGCACAGAACUUCCCUGACUAUUCCCCCGAAUCUCAGGGUUGCAGACAACCUUCAGAGGUCACCAACGGGCAGCCCCCAUCCCACCCUCAUCUGAGCUAUUCUGUUUGCCAAAAAAAAAAAAAUCAGUUGCCAGUCUUUAAAAACCAGAGUUUCGCAUUAAAAUCUGAAUUUCUGGCUUCUCUUGAAAAAAAAAAAAAAUC